CACGUGACGCUGAUCAGCUGUGGUUGUAAACAAAGCCCUCCGAGGGAGUGGUGGAGCGCUUUGGUUUAUGUUUUGUUUUGUUUUUCUUUAGAUUAUGAGUUAAGCACCAAGGGGAGGAGGAAGUAUGCAUGAUGCGUAUGAGGCCAUUCCCAUCUUGGAAAAACUUCCUCUUCAAAUUGAGUCCAUCACAGCCUAUGAUGAGAACCUGGUGGUGGGAACGAAGCAGGGACACUUGCUUAUGUACUCCGUGACACCAGGCACAACCCGACGCUGGGAUGUCGCUCUCCUCUGCUCAAACAAGAAUUUUUCCCGCAAGCCAAUCGUGCAGGUGGCUGUGGUGCCGGAGCAUCAAAUCAUUGUCUCUCUAUCAGACAACGUGAUCAGCGUUCAUGACCUGACAGUCUUCAACCUUCCUCUGCUGUGCACAGUGACGCAGACCAAGGGUGCCACCGCCUUUGACCUUGACCUCAAGCAUCAUGUGACGCUGACUGGAGAUGCGGUGGUGAUGGUGCGCCUUGUGGUGGCCGUCAAGCGCAAACUUCAGCUGUAUUACUGGAAGUCUCGGAAGUUCCACCAGCUGCGUGAUGACCUGUCCCUGCCUGACGUCCCGAGAGCACUCACCUGGUGCAAGGAAGCCAUUGCUGUGGCCUUCAAACAUGACUACUGGCUUGUCAUGCUAACUGGGGAGCAGAAGGAACUAUUUGCUACGGGUAGAAGCCAGGAGCCGCUGAUAACACAGAUGGAGGGGGGGGAGCAGCUGGCCCUUGCUCAUGACAAGGAGACCAUCUUUGUGGAUGCAAAGGGCAAUGCCACCUGCAGCUAUACUCUCAAGUGGGAAGAGCAACCACUGGCCCUUGCCUAUCACAAGCCUUAUCUAGUGGCUAUUUUGCCCAAGAAUAUUGAGAUCAAGAUUGCCAAUCCUCAGGCCACUGUUCAGCUUGUCAGUCUUGAGAAGCCAAAACUUGUGUGUGUCGGCACUUCAACUAAGACCAAGAGCCAAGUGUACAUCGCCUCCACCUCCCACGUGUGGUGCCUUCAUGCCAUCCCAGUCAACCAGCAGAUCCCACAGCUCCUGGCAGACAAACAGUUUGACUUAGCCCUCAGACUUGUGGACGUGUGGGAAGAAGCCCAGGACGCCAAGACUCAGAUGCAGAAACACAUCCAGCACCUGCAAGCAAUACAUCUGUUCUGCAGCAAGGAAUACUCUCAGGCCAUGAAGAUAUUCCUCACUCUCAAUACAGAUUUGCCCUUUGUGAUUGGCAUGUACCCGGAUAUGGUGCCUGAGGAAUACCAGAGUCGCCUGCAGUACCCAUACCCAAUCCCAGCUCUUAGUGGGGCAGAGCUGGAGAAAGCCUUGCAAGCACUUGUACAUUUCCUUCUAGAGAUACGACACAAGCUUUCAGGCAAUGAGAGUGAGGCAGGGACAGGAGGAGGAGGAGCAAAGGCUGAGGCGGACAACAAGUAUUCCACAGCAGCAUCUGGUGUCAAGUCCCGUAAUGAGAAGCUUCAGAUCAUUGACACAACAUUACUGAAGUGUUACUUGCAGACCAAUGACAGCCUGGUGCAGCCUCUCUUGCGAAUGCGAGACAGCUACGUCAGUGUGAUGGAGGGGGAAAGAGUGCUUCGACAUGCCCACAAGUAUCCUGAGUUAGUGCUGCUGCUUCAGACUCGUGGCCAACACCAGCGGGCCCUUCAGCUCCUCCUGCGCCACGCCAAGAAGCCUGAGUCUCCCUUGUUUGGCCACCAUCACACUGUGUCUUACCUCCAGCAGUUAGGUCCUCAGCAUGUAGACUUAAUCUUUGAGUAUGGUGGAUGGGUAUUAAAGUCUCACCCUGACGAUGGUUUGAAAAUCUUCAUCGGUGACAAAACGACAUCUGGAGAAGUGGAGCAGCUACCUCGCCCUAAAGUCCUGAACUUCCUGAAGAAAACAGAGAAAUCCCUGGUUGUUCCUUAUUUAGAGCAUGUGAUAGAGGAGUGGAGAGACUGCACUCCUCUGCUUCACAAUGAACUCAUCCACCAGUACAGGGAAGUGGUCACUGCCUCAGUCCCUGUGUGUGACCCUACCACCCUGGAAGAGGAAAAGAACAAGAGAAAGAUGAUACGUGAAAAGCUACUGAAUUUCCUGAAUCAUUCUGAACAUUAUACUGCUGCCACUCUCUUGGUUCACUUCCCAUAUGAUAGCCUCCAUGAAGAGCGAGCAGUACUUUUGGGGUGCCUGGGGCAACACCACCAGGCUCUCGCCAUCUACAUCCACACUCUUGGUGACACUGAUGCUGCCCUCAACUACUGCAAGAAGCACUACUCAUCAUCUGGUUCAGGAAGUGAGGUGUAUUUAACCUUGCUGAAGCUCCUGGUGACUCCAGCUGAUACCCGAAGCUCGUCAGGGUCUCCUUUGAAGCAGCAUCCCAAGAAGCCUCCAGAUGUGAAGACUGUGCUAGACCUCUUGCAGAAUUACUUACAGUUCAUCGAUCUGGGCCAGGCCUUAAAGGUUCUUCCUGAUGAUGUAAGACUAAAUCUGCUGAAGCCUUUCAUUCAAGCCUCCUUCAGCCUCGCUACCACUGCCUGCAGAGAGCAACAGAUCACCCGUGGUCUCACACAGUCCCUCAAACUGCAGACAAAUGAAGAGCUUGCUUCCUGCCAGAGAGAGAAGAUUGUUUUAUUAGAGUCUACAUACUGUGCUGUGUGCAGCAAGAGGUUCACUAAACAAAGUGCUUUUGCUUGGUGUCCCAAUGGUGAUGUUGUGCACUUCUCCUGCCAGAACCAAAGGUAACACACGGCACAGCAGAAACACACAGCUCCUCGAACACAUCACGGUCUCCAAUACCUGCCUCACCACCACCCUCCACACCUUGGCUGCCCGGCGACCCUCCGCCCACACCAGCUGCUCCAGACAGUGCCAGGGCCUGAGUUGUGAGCCGCUGCAGGGGACCACUGUUGCCAAAAAUAAGAAAAAAAAAAAAAGGUGCUUCUGUUAUUAACUGCACUUGACGAAGAACACUAACUCCAGAUGCUGAAAGUGUAUUGUAACCAAGACUAGUAGUACUUGAAUCUCUUUUAUACAGAAGCUACUGUAUAAAGUGAUGAAAAAUUAAAUGUUAAGUAAGGAAAGGUGUUCUGUUACUCAUAUUUUUAUCUAAACUGUACGACUGUUGGAUAUAUGUGUGAGGGAAGGUAUUAGUUUAUUUAUUCAUUUAUUUAUUUAUUUGAUUUUUUUUUCCAUGCUUCUGUCCUUUUAAUGAGACUCCUUAAGUUAAUGGGGAGUGGAGAUGUGGACUGACCUCAGAUUGUCAUCCUGGUCCUUGAAUUCAUCAUCAGCAUAGCGGAAAUCUCCAAUGACGUCCAUAUCCAUCUCCUUGAAGCCCUGUUGAUGAUAUUGAUGUAUUCUCUCCAGUUAACUUCUCAAGAGACAAACAAUUAUUUCAUAUACAGAUAUAAGCACCACAUGUUUGAUUUUAGAUGUAACUACUGAUAUAUAACUCUGUGACAGAAAGCUAAUUGUACUUCUCUCCCUUGAUGUAUCAAUGACAAAAUGCAUUCAGUUAAA